GAUAUCUCGGUAGUAAAAUGAUCGAGCUACCUCUCUCAAUAUAUUAUCUCAAGGAUUCUUGGUUGAGAACAUGAGGCGGAACCAAAUUAUAUAUGAAAGAUAAAGUUGACUACACAUAAAAGUUUCAUUUUUAUGUUCCAAUCUUUUCUCCUCUGAAACCUGCUCACCUAACAUGCCAAUCUCCAUUGAGCCACGUUUCCCCUUGGGGUCCUCCCCUUUGUCCACUUGGCAAGAAUCAUAUCCCCAUGCGGCAACUUCCUCAACUCAUCCCCUUGGUCUUUUUCCCACUACAAUCCCGGUACCCUCCAAAACCACCUCCCUAUCAAGCCAAUCCAUUUCACCCUCACGUUCUCCUUCUCUUUCUCAAACUCCACUUGACUCACCCAACUCACCCAUCACUAACUCAUCGUCACCCUCACCUACUACCUUACCAACCAAUUCUCCAAUACCCUCCCCUACUCGUACAAGUAACUCCCCAUCUGAAUCUUCUUCCAAUGACUCACCACCCUCUAGUCUUGACACCCAAAUAUCAGCCUCUACCUCAUCGUCUCCCUUUCACCCGAUCCAACCACCUGCCCAAACCCAUCCCAUGGUCACUUGUUCUAGAAAUCAGAUUUUUAAACCAAAGCAACUCUACCUUGCCGAAACCCCUUGUUCUGAAGUUGAGCCGACGUGUGUGAGUCAAGCCCUGAAAGAUCAUCGGUGGAGGCAGGCUAUGUUUGAGGAAUUCAACGUUUGGUCAGAUUACUCCCUUUUUAUUCAUCGACAGAUUAUUGAUUGGCUUUAUGUCUUGGUGCAUGUAGAUGAUAUCCUCUUCAUUGGAAGCAAUCCUACAACUAUUGACCGUUUGAUAACUACCAUGAGCUCCAAAUUUUCAGUGAAAAAUCUUGUUGAAUUGGAUUUCUUUCUAGGAGUGGAAGCUAUUGAAACUAGUGCUGGCUUAUUUCUUUCCGAGAGACGGUAUAUUCAAGACAUUUUGCAACAAGCAAGCAUGGAAAAUGCUAAACCAGCAGUGAAACGUGUUCUUCGAUAUCUUAAUGGUACAAAAUUUCAUGGACUUGUGCUUCGUCCACAAACAUCUUUGUCUCUUCAUGGUUUUUCUGAUGCUGAUUGGGCAGGUGAUAAGGAUACUUUAAUCUUUACAACUAGCUAUGUGAUGUAUCUUGGCUCCAAUCCAGUGUCUUGGAAAGCAACCAAACAACAAGCUGUAGCACGAAGCUCAACAGAAGUAGAGUAUAGAGCACUAAUUCCUUUUGUUCAAACUUUGUUCCCCUAUGUUUGCUAGGAAAAAAAAAAUUCCAGCAAUUGUUGUAUAUAUUUGCUUGAUGUUUGAAGUAGAACGCUACAAUUGUUUUCGUUUCUUUUCUUUUCUUGGUAAUUAGUACACUGUUAUAGUCUGUUUUCUUUGCUGUAAAGAGAAUUGUUUACUUUCUUGAUUGAGAUCAUGUUUAAGUUUAUCAAUCUCUGCUGCUAGAGAGAGCAAAACUUGGGGUUUUUUUUUUUUUUUUUGAACUGGGGAAACUUUGGGGUGAGGAUGGCAGAGUAAGUGUUUG